AUGGCUAUGGUAUCAUAAUAGAUAUUCAAUAAUUAAUUUGUAAUAAAAAAGAGGAUCUCCUCUGGUUCAUUUGGAGUUGUAUAUUAAGGAUUUGACUUAAGAUCAACAGAAAAUGUAGCUAUAAAAGUAGAAAAGCAAGAGAUUGAUGAUUUAUUUAGUUUGGAUAGAGAAGUAGAGUGAAAAAUAUCUUAUAUUUAGAUUUAAAUAUUGAGAAAUUUAUAAGGAGUAGCAUAAAUUCCUAAAUUGUUAUGGGCUGGUAAAGAUUAAGGGAAUAAUGUGAUGGUAAUUCAAUUAUUAGGAAGAGAUUUAACACAUUAUUUAAGAUAAAGAAAACGUUUUAGUUUGGGAUGUGUAUUAGGAAUAGCUGAUUAAAUGUUAACAAUUCUUGAAGUAAUUCAUAACAAGUAAAAUUUUAUUUCAAGAAAGGGGAAUUAUUCAUCGAGAUUUAAAACCUGAAAAUAUAUUAACAGGCAAGGAAAGAGAGUAGAAUCUUAUUUAUCUUGUAGAUUAUGGAAUAGCAAAGCAAUUUAAAGAUAAAGAUGAUAAAAUUAUGUAAAUAAAAUAGAUUUAACAUAAAAGUCCUUAUAGAGAAAACAAACCAUUUUUGGGAACAUCUAGAUAUGCGAGUAUAGCUGCUCACAAAGGUUAUGAAUUAUCAAGAAAGGAUGAUUUAGAAUCAUUGGGAUAUAUGUUAAUGUACUUGAGAUAUUAAUUUAGAGAUUUCUAUUAAAAGGGAGUUUACCAUGGUAGAAUAUAAGUUAUAAAAAUGAAGAUGAGAAGGUAAAAUAAGUAGGUUUGAUGAAAAUGAGAAUAACAGCUCAAGAAUUAUGUUAAGAUUUACCAAUCGAAUUUAUGAGAUAUAUAGAUAUAGUUAAAAAAAUGAAUUAUCACUCAAAACCAGAUUAUCGGUAAAUUAAUUGUAACUUUUUAUUUAGAUAUUUUUAAUCUUUAUUUCGUCGAGUUUCAAAUUAAUAAUAAGUUGAAUAUCGAUUUGAUUGGUAUGAUGAAUUUAAUUAUGAGAAAAAGUCAGGAUCAACAUCACCUAAGAAAUAGUAAUCAAUCAAAAUUUUGGAUUAAUCUUAUUUGAUUUAAUAAAUCUAUUCGCCAAAUAAAAAAAAGUGUAGUGAAGAAUUCGAUGACACUGGACCAUCUAAGAGAGAAUCAAAUGGAAGACCCUCUAUCAUUAACAAUAAUACAAAUAAUAAUUUACUAUUAUGUGAUAGUAGAAUGAAUCUUAAAAAUAAAAGUGUUAGUUCUUUUAAUGAAUCUAAUUUAUAAUAUAGCGAUAUAUAGCCUGAUGUUAGUUGUCUAAUAGCAUAUUAAAGGAAUCUUAGAUAUGGAUCAUUUCAUAAUGAAGCGGAACUCUUACCAAAAUAACCUGAAAGAAGUACAUCAGCUUAAGAGAAAAUAAAAGUUAAACAUAAACUCAGUUUGGAUGUGAAACCUAAUUGUUAUAAAUCUUUAGUAGAAUUUUAAUUGGGAUUAAUGAAUAACCCUUCGAUAAUUGAUUUUACAGUAAAUAGUCAUAAUUAAAUGAAUGAAGAUGAAAGUCCAUGUCUUGAUGAUAAAUUUAAUAUACUAAAAAGAAGUUCUGUUGAUAAGUAAAUUAAAUGAAUAUUAUUUUUAGUUAAUAUAAAAAUCCAAUCUAAUAAUUUAGAAUGAGUAACAAAGAUAAAAAAAGUGUUAAAAAUAAUUGA